AUGUUGGGGUUGGUGUUGUUGAUCACCUUUGCAGCGGUCGAGUCCAUCGCCAAGCGGCGCGCUGUGCGGCCCGGGAGAUGCGAGGCGAGCUUGGUGUUUGAUGUCGCACCGACGCCAGGAGAUGCCGCGGUGAUCGUGGAGCACCUGUUCAAGCAGCUCCUCUUCAUUCGCGGCCAGAUACCCGGGGCGUUCGCGCGCGUGGCCGCCGAAGUCGACGCUGUCCGGUGCGGCGGCGUCGGGACCGGCAGCGCUCCCAUUCGCGUGCCCGGGCGUCCCGCGUCCCGCGCCACGUCCCAGCAGCGGCGACUCGGCAAGGUGGUUGACGCUGCUCGCGCCAUCGUGCACGAGUGCGCGACGCCGGACAACUUCCCGCCGGGCCGCGACGUCACUCUCUACAUCAACUUCGGGUCGCCCACGCGGCCGAAGGAGUGCUACGAGCUCCACAUGCGUUGCGGGGAGGCGGAGGCAGCACCGGACGGGCGGCGACAGGACGCGCUGUGCAAGCAGGUGCUGCGGACCAUCGUGACGGAGGCGGCGGGGCUGCCGGAGGGACCUGCGUCGGCGGGGCCGAUCGCGGUGAGGCUCGUGAUGCGGUAUCGGCUGCGUGCAGAUGUCAAGGGUCCGGGGGGUUUUGUACACAAGCCCGGGUUCAAGAUGAACUUGAGCCGGGCGCUGCACGUCGCCGUGGAUAUCGAGGGCCGGGAGCAGGAGGGCGACCCAGCCACGCUGCGGGAGCUGGCGGGCUUGGACGCUGGCGGCGGGCCGUGCAUGUAUUUUGUCAGCUCCGUCAAGGUGAAGGGGCUGGGGCAGGCAGGAGAGAUCUGA